CACACACACACACACACACACACACACACACACACACACCAUCUCCUCUCUCUCUUUAAAGCAGGACAGAUGAGCACGAACAGCUGUUGUUUCGAUGCAGAUGGUUUUCUCUCUCGGAGAGAUGCAGAGGUGCCUCUAACGUUUCCAUCCCGAACCACCUGAGUCCUGAUCCGGUCUGGAAGUUCUGGACAGCUCUGAGAUGCUUCACGAUGAGCCCGUGGUGCACCUGGAAGCCGGCGACCUUUGGAGACAGUUCCACACGUGCACCACAGAGAUGAUCAUCACCAAAUCCGGGAGGCGCAUGUUCCCGCCGCUGCGGCUCAGGUGCACGGGGAUGGACAGGAAGGCCAGCUACAUCCUGCUGAUGGACAUCGUGGCUGCUGAUGACUUCAGGUACAAGUUUCAGAACUCGCGCUGGAUGGUGGCCGGGAAGGCGGACCCGGAGAUGCCCAGAUGCCUGUACAUCCACCCGGACAGUCCAGGAUCAGGAGAGCAGUGGAUGUCCAGAGGGGUCAGCUUCCACAAGCUGAAACUAACCAACAACAUCUCAGACAAACAUGGAUUUACCAUUCUCAACUCCUUGCACAAAUACCAGCCCAGGUUUCAUAUUGUGAAGUCCAGCAACCUUUCGCAGCUCCCCUACAGCACGUUUAAGACGUACAUUUUUCCUGAGACCCAGUUUAUUGCAGUCACAGCUUACCAAAAUGACAAGAUCACACAGCUGAAAAUAGACAACAAUCCUUUCGCAAAAGGGUUCAGAGACACGGGGAACGGAAGGAGAGAGAAGAGAAAACUACUACAGUCUCUGCAGAGGUGCAAUGUGAAGCAGACAACUGAUGACUCCGAGAAAGAUUUAUCUCCACAACAAUCAGACAUCAAAUCUUCAGAUUCUUUUGGAAGUGACAUUUGCAAAAACAAUAUUUCUGAAGAGGAACCUGAACCAAAGGUGUUUAAAACCCACCAUGAAGGAGAGGUUCUCAUCACAACAGAAACACCUGCAGCGUGGAACCUAACUAGAACCACAGAUCCCAGAGAAAACCAUGAAGUUAGAACAAUAACUGACAUGGCGACUCAAUCUCACUCAGGUGACCAAGAGAAGGAACAAGUCCUGACACUAUCCAAAGGUUUUCUGCACAACCGUGUUCAUUCUUUGGACUUCUGCACACCUCUGUGGGACCUGAGUGUAUCUGACAGUCUUUACCACAUGACACACUCUGGGUACAGCUGUCCUACAGUGGAUAAACCUGCACCAUGUGGACUCAGACCACCAAAACCUGACAGGAUUCCGCUUCCUGUCAACCUUGAGCAGCAAACAUUAGUACAGCCGAUCGACAGUCCGCUUCUCAGCCGCCCCGGUCAGAUCGUGUGUGACUAA